AUGGUUUACGGUUACGAUGAAUCUGAUAGGGAUGUUCUCGAGAGAAUCGAGGCCACGAUUGCCUCUCUUGGUCGCAGCUGCCCCAAGGAGCUCGUGGCUGAGGCUAAGAUGAUGCGAGCUGCUUAUGGAGCUCAGGAGGAGGCCGGUUACGCGGAAGAAUGGAGAAAGCAUACAAAGACUCAGAACAUCAUGAAAGACUUCUAUGCCAAAAACCCCAGAUCUGGCGGUGGAGGCGGCGGCCGAGGACAGUCAUACAAUGAUUAUGAUGAUGAAGAGGAGGAUGAUGCCCCUCCUCCACGCAGAUAUGGCGGUGGUGGUCGCUCAGGUGGUGGUCACUCAGGUGGUCGCUCAGGCGGUGGUCGCUCAGGAGGUGGUCGCUCUGGUGGCGGCGACACUCAAUCACGUCUUGCUGAUCUCGAUGAUGACGAUGAUACACCUCCUAUGCCUCGCGCGGCUGGCUCUCAGCAGCAGCGAGGAGGUGGUGGCCCAUCCAGAGGUGGACGCUCUCAGGGCCCACCUGAGCUCGACGAUGAUGAGAUUGACCAAUUGAUUGCCAGAGGUAAAGCCCGCCAGGGAGGCGGCCGCUCCGGCGGUGGACGCAACCCUUAUGAGCGAUGA